ACGCGCCGGGCGGCGACCUCGGGUUCGCCCUCCCUCCCCGGGCGCGAUGGACGAGAUCCUCGCGCUCCAAGCGCAGCUCGCGAGCGCGCAAGACGCGAAGAGCUCCUUCCGUCUGAACGAGCGCAACGUCAUCGAGCUCGUGGGAAAGCUCAAGAAGCUGGGCUACCUGGACGACACGCUGAUGCACACGCUCGACGGGAAGGAGUUCGUCACCGUGGAGCAGCUCAGGAAGGAGAUCGCGGAGGAGGUGCGCGCCUCCGGCGGGCGCGUGCCCGUCUUCGACCUGCAGAGCGCGCUGAAUAUCGACGUCCAUCACUGCGAGCGCGAGGCGAAGUUCCUCGCCGCGGACGCGACCGCGGGGCUGUCGCUCGUCGAGGGCGAGCUCAUGACCCCGGCGUACUUCGACGGCGUCGCCGCGGAGGUGGAAGAAGAGCUCCGCGAGCUCGGCGUCGUCGCCGUCGCCGACCUCGCGCGCGCGCACGGCCUGAGCGCGGAUCUCAUGUCGAGAGCGCUCCGCGAACGCGUCGGCGACGGCGGAAUCGUCUCCGGCAGGAUGGAGGGCGGUCUCUUGUACACGCCCCAGUACGUCGCGCGGAUCACCGCGCAGCUGAGAGGCGCGAUGCGCGCGGCGCUGACGCCGACGACGCGCGACGCGCUCGUGACGAACGCGCUGCGCGGGUGCGACGGCGACGGCGACGGCGGCGACGGCGGCGGCGGCGGCGUCGGCGACGGACGCGGCACCGGCGCGGAACUCACCGGCUCCAUCGUCGGCGAGCUCGGGAAGAACGUCGACGCGAGCGGGCUGGACGGGGUGUUCCAGCGCGGGGCGUGGCAGCCCGCGGCGUACUCGCGCGCGCAGACCGCGGCGGUGGGGGAUUUAUACGCCACCGCGGGCAUCGUGACGAUCGACCAGGCGACGCGCAUGGGCGUGGAGAGACCGAGAGAGUACUUCGAGGCGCUGGAUCCGACCGCGACGCGCUUGGACGCGUCGUUCGUGUCCGCGAGCGUCGUCGAGCAGCUCGACUCCGCGGUGUGCGAAGCGCUCGGGAACGACGGGUGGUGCGAGUGCGACGUGUUCAUCCCGCCGGACUUGCCGAGCGGCGACGCCGGCGCGCUGUUGGCGGCGACGGCGACGGUCAAGUCCGGCGGCGGCGGCGGCGGCGGCGGCGGCGGCGUCUCUCGGGUCGGCGACCUCGGCGUCGCGACGAGGGCGUACCUGGAUAAGAUCGGCGCGCGCGCGAGGGAGUUAGGCACCGAGGCGGGGAUCGCCGCGGCGAAGCGGCGGCAGCUCGAGGCGAGCGUGAAGGUAGGCGGCGGCGAGACCGCGGAGAACGCCGGGAAGAGAUCGAAAAAGAAAAAGGGCGGCGGCGGCGGCGGCGGCGGCGGCGGCGGCGGCGGCGGCGGCGGCGGCGGGCGGCGAGGCGCGGACGACGACGACGACGGCGACGCGGACGCUUUCGCGAUCACCGCGGACGACCUCGAAGAAGACGACGACGACGGAGGUCGCAAGCGCGGCGGGAAGAAAGGCAAAGGCGGAAAGAGAGGAGGAAAUAAGGGUGGCGGCGGCGGCGGCGGUGCGGCGGCGGCGACCGCGGCGGCGACCGCGGCGACGACCGCGGCCGCCGAGGAGGACGACGACGACUGGAACGUCGACGUCCUCGCCGCUGAAGUCGCGAGGUUGACCCCCGACGCGUCCGAGACGUUCUGUCUCGACGUCGCGAAGCGCGCGUGGCCGAGCGCGACCAGAGCGCGCGUCGACGCGAUGAAGGCGGCGUCCGUCGCGGGCGACGACGCGAGGAGACGCGCGCGCGCGCGAGCGGCGGCGGCGUGCGACGAGAUGACCGCGCGCGCGCGAAUGUUCACCCGCGGCGCGGAGCUAUUACCGGACGACGCCGCGUCGCAGCGGCACUGCGCUAAGACGCACGUCGUCCCGCUCGUGGACGCGUUCUUCCGCGCGCACGCGGACGCGGAUCUGGACGACGCCGCCGCGGCCGCCGCGGCCGCCGCGACGUCGACGUCGACGUCGACGUCGACGACGUUCGCGGAGCUCUCCCCGAAACAGCGCGAGAUGGCGGCGAACUCGAUGCCCAAAGACGCGAGGUCGCUCGCGCUGACCCUCGCGACGGAGGCGACGUCGUGCAAGUCCCCCGGCGCGAUGUUAAAGGCGCUGGACGACCUCGCGGAGGCUCUGCGCGCGCGUCUCAAGCCGCACGAUAAAAAGGCUGAACGCCUCUUGGCGCGCGCGCACAAAAAGACGAUCGAGGACUCGCUCGCGACGUGCGUCGAUCCCGCCGCGGCGCUGCUGCUCGCGGUGCCGCUCGCGUUUUCGAACGCGAAGAACCGCGCGGUGGCGAUCAACGGGCGCGGCGUCGCGGCCGCGGUGAGGUAUCUGAGCGAGGACGCGAGAGCGCUGAGCGAGGACGACGCGUCGUUUUUGAAGACGUUUCACGCCGACGUCGCGGCGUCGCUGGCGGGUCCCGCGGGUCCCGCGGGAGCGGAAGUUGGAACGUCAACCGGCGCGCGAGAGACGGAGGGCGGCGAGAGUUUAGAGGAGAGACUUCCGGAGUUGAGAAGGAUCGCGAUGGAGGCGAAGAAGGCGAAAUCGGGCGGGGGAGAGGAGGAGUGA